AUGUCCUCGCAAUCUAGUGACGUCAAAGAGAUUGAAGUGCUCGAUGAGAGUGAACUGAAGGAUGGUCAGCACAAAGCCGUUGACUUUGGCGAUGACAAGGUCUUGUUGAGCAAGAUCAAGGGCAAGAUUUACGCUACUUCAGCUUUCUGCACUCACUAUGGUGCUCCCUUGGAGAAGGGCGUCCUGUCUGAGGAUGGCAGAGUAGUCUGUCCGUGGCACGGAGCCUGCUUCAACGUCUGUACCGGAGACAUUGAGGACGCUCCUGGACUCGACUCCCUUUGGUCAUUCAAUGCGACGGUCAAGAAUGGCAAGAUUGUCGUUCAGGCCUCUGAAAAGGAAGUCAAAUCGAAAGUCGGUCGAGUCGCUGCGAAGAUCAAGAGCAAACCACAGGACAAGGAGACUGUGGUCAUUGUUGGAGGUGGAUCAGGAGCAAUCCAUACCAUUGAAAGUCUGAGAAUGAACGGAUUCAAAGGGCAGAUUGUCACAAUCUCUGAAGAAGACUACGCCCCUAUCGAUAGGACGAAGAUGUCCAAGGGUCUCGCGGACGAUGCCAGCAAGAUCCAAUGGAGAAGUCUCGACGACCUUAAGAACGAACUCGGCGUGGAUUUCCACAAGGGCACUUCCGUCACCAAAGUUGACCCCUCUGCCAAGACAGUCACCACGUCUUCGGGCUCAACGAUCAAAUACGACCACCUUGUCCUUGCUCCUGGAGGCAAGCCCAAGAAGAUUCCCAUCCCAGGAAACGACCUGGAGGGCGUUCAGACACUUCGAUUUGUCCAAGAUACCAAGGCAAUCACUUCGGCCAUCACAAAGGACUCCGAGGUCGUAAUCAUUGGGACCAGCUUCAUCGGUAUGGAAGUCUCAGCCGCCAUCCUGAAGAAGGAGCCGAAGAGCGUCACUUUGGUUGGUGUCGACGAGAUUCCCUUCGAAGCGAUCCUUGGCAAAGAGAUUGGUACUGCCAUCAUGGAGAAUAUGAAAGAGCAAGGCAUCAAGUUCCACAUGAAAGCGGGAGUAGAGAAGAUUCUGCCUGCUGGUAAGGCUGCUCCAAGACAUAGCAUGACGGAUGCUGACGAGCGAUUGUCCAUCACAGAGUCCAACUCGUCACACUGCGGCGCCGUUCAACUCAAAGGACAGGACCCUCUGCCCGCCAAUCUCGUCAUUAUGGGAACUGGUGUAGCACCAGCGACUGGCUUCCUGAAGGACUCUGGUUUCAACUUGGAGAAAGAUGGAGGUGUCGCCGUCGAUGAAAAUCUCCGAGUUAAAGGCCACGAGAACAUUUUUGCCAUCGGAGAUAUUGCUCAUUACGCUCAAUACCCUGCCAAGCAACAGAGACGUGUGGAGCAUUGGAACGUCGCUGGUAAUCAGGGUCGAUUCGCAGCUCACAACAUUGUCAAACCGAAUGAGCAAUUGGUGUAUGACAAAGUGCCCAUCUUCUGGUCCAGUGUCGGCAAAGGUUUGAGAUACGUGGGAACAGGGGAAGGCUUCGACGACUCGUACACGGAUGGCAACGUCAAAGAGCUCAAGUUCGCUACCUACCAGGCUAAAAACGGCAAGAUCACUGCCGUCGCUUCGAUGCAGAAAGAUCCCAUUGUCGCGAAAGCCAGUGAAUUGAUGAGACUAAACCUCAUGCCGUCGCUGGAUGAGAUCAAGAAUGGCAAGAAUAUCCUCGACAUCGAGUUGACUGCUGCUUGA